AUGGCCGAUGGGAUCAAAAACGACAUCCGCGAAGCCUUGGCUAGGUUUAGGGGGCAACUCGAAGAAGUGUGGAUUCGCACAAACCAGCUUCAUGACGUGCCAAACCUCGCACACGUAUCAAUGUUGCUCACGCAGGCGAUGAACAUGCUGGAUGCCGAUCCCGUGCUGGAUCUGGAUAACCUUGUCGUUCCGCCGAUCGCUCCACCGCCCGGACCUGACGAAAUAGCAACCAACGGCACCGAUGUGAUGCCUCCUGCUGAUAGCGAUUAA